UUGAGAGAAACAAAAUGGAUUGCGUUUGAUUUUGGAAAAAGUAAAAUCCUAAAGAAAAGUGCUAAAUUUCGGUAGUUAUUCCUAAUUUUACCGGAUAAAAACUAGUGACUUUGGUACAGUGACGUGUGUCCUUUGGAAAAUCAGUCUUUGACCUCGGAUAUUUAUUGAUAUUGGGUGAUUUUGGAGUGUUUUUCUAGGCGUAGAAAUUUUGUACGUGUACUCCAUUAUUGAGUGCUCUGGUAAAUUUAAUCUACCAGAUUUUUCUUAAGGUUGGCCGACAGAGAAUGUCCUGGUCGAACAAUUGGCAAGCGCAACCUCAAUAUGCAGGCUACUCGACGGCACCGCCGCCUCAAACUCAAGCUGUCCAUGCCCCAAAUGCGGCAGCUCCACCGGCCACCGGUUCCUACCAGGCAAUGACUCCGGAACAGUACGCCCAGUGGCAGCAAUGGCAACAGUACCAGCAGCAGUACGCCCAGUGGCAUGCCCAGUACGGCGAUGCCUAUGCCCGGCAGAUGGGAAAACCGGUGCCAGCCGCUGCCCAAGCGCCAAUGUCCAUGAAUUUCAAUACUAGCGUUCCGCCACCGCUUCAACAACAACAACAGCAACAACCAAUGCAUUUUCCUCCGCAACCAAUUGCAGCUCCAUUGCCCGUUGCUAUGCCCGUAGUGCCCCCAGCAAUUCCCGUUGCACCGGUUCCGAUUCCGGUUCCAACACCGGUGAUGCCUCCGAUUCCUGUUGCGGCUGCACCUCCGCCACCUCCGGAACCACAUCCGGAUACUGUGGCUGCGGCUAAGGCACCACCGCCACCCGAUGAUGACAGUCAGAAAACUUCGGAAGAGCUGGCCUUUGACGAACAGUUUCGCCGCUGGGAGGAAGAGUUUGACAACUGGAAACUGAAGAACGUCAAUCAUCCGGACCGCAAUGCGUACCGGGAGUACGAGCGCAAAUUCGAAGAAUGUCGUAAAAAGUUACUCGAAAGACGCGAUGCGUUGAAACAGAAGCGGCUGGCCGAACUGGAGGCCCGCGCCAAGCAACAGCAGCAACAGCAUCAGCAGAUCAACACGCAAGCUCCACCGCCGCCACCACCGGAAGAUCGUGGUUCAUCUGGACCGGAGGUCGGUUUGUUCAAGAACGCGAUGGGCGGCGGAGGUUUGGGUGGAGGUGGAAUUCCCGGGUUGGAUCUGAUCGAAACUGAAAUCGAACAUCAGAAGAGCACCGAAGAAGUAGUUGAGAUAAUUAAUCUCGAUGCAGAUGAUAGUGAGCGAAAGUUCGAGGAGCCUCCAGCUGCAAUAGAAGGUGUGAAAGCACCGGUACCAAUCGCACCUGUAAAUGCUUUGGCUUCGCUACUCAAAGAUCCCAAAGUCAGUGCUUUGUUGAAUGUAAUUCAAAGUAAUAAUCAAGGUGGUUUAGCGUCAAAUAUACCAAAUGUAGGAAAUUCUGAUUUAUUGCAAAAAAUUCAAAAUGCUGCCGGAGCUGUAAUCAAUCCGAAUCAGAACGGAAAUUCGGUGCCAUUGCCGAAUUUGACCGAUGAUCGCAGCCGAUCCUCGUUCCUAGAUGAAAGACGCUCUAUUUAUUCAAGUGAAGAUCGCAGUCGUGAUUUCGAUGAGAAUCAGCCAGCGCCCAACAAGGAGUAUGGACAGCCUCCUCCAGGGGUUGGUAACUUUGGGCAAGGCCCUCCACCAAGCGGUCCUUUCGGGCAAGGUCCACCGUUGAGCGGUCCAUUUGGCCAAGGGCCUCCUCCGGGUGGCUCAUUCGGACAAGGUCCACCACCGAGGGGUCCAUUCGGACAAGCAGUUGGGGGUUUUGGUCAAGGUCCACCACCGGUUGGCGAUUUUCGUCACGGACCGCCACCAAUGGAUUUCAAACAAGGCCCACCACCAAUGGGUGGAGUUCAUCGGCAAGGACCACCUUUCAAUCAGUAUAAUUCCAGUGUACCCCCACCACCGUUAGGUGUAGACAUCAGCCGACCUCCGCCGAUGAUGGGAAUGAAUGCAAAUGCGGCACUUACACCGGCCGAACGACCUUCACCUGCUUCAAGCAUCAGUAGCCAAAAAGAUCGCAAUUCUCGUUGGGGUGGUAAUGAAGCCAAGGAACCCGAGCAGAAACCGAUGCCGGAAGUUUCGAAAUCGGCUGAUUUUGAGAUAGAUACAAAACACUAUGAAGGUCACUUGGACGAGUUGCAGCUUGAUCCGGAGGCUGGGCUUUGUGCUGUACCAAAACCUGAAUGGAUGACUGAGGAAGAGUACGACGAAAUAUUUGACCGGUAUGAGCAUAUCGAGGUGUUCGAAGAACGUAAAUACAAAAUGGAAUGGUCGAUCCGAGUCUUGGAGCAGGAAAAAAGAAGGAAGGGAUUGUUACCGGGAAAUAAUCGUUCCAAUGAUCGCGGAAGACGUGGAGGAGGUCGUGGGGGUCGUGGAGGUCGAGGAGGCCGCUUUGAUGUGGAUGAAAGAGAGGGCGGAGGCUGGGGAGAUCGAGAUGGGGGCCGAGGUGGAAGUCGAUGGUCGAACAACAAGGAGGGACAAAAUGCUCAACGAAACGAUGGAAGGUUUGAUAACCGAGCCAAUUCUUUCGGCAAUAAAGAUUGGUCAAACAAUCAGGAGCCUAAUCCCUAUCUGGAGGGAAGAACCGAAUCACCACAUGGUAGCGAUAUGUUGUGCAGUAAUGAUGAAUCUUCUAAUCAACAACGUCCAGAGAAGAAAAUUGGAUCCGAAGAAAUCGAAAAACCAUUCGGAAUCAAUGAAGACUCGAAUCCACGACGCUCGGAGGAAAGAUUCGGGCCUCAGCAGCCUCAACGAAAAACGUUCGGGAAUAUUGAAGAUUCCAAUCCACGACGAUCGGAGGAAAGAUUCGGACCUCAGCAUCCUCAACGAAAAACGUUUGGGAACAUUGAUGAUUCGAAUUCACGACGAUCGGAGGAAAGGUUCGGACCUCAGCAGUCUCAACGCAAACCGUUCGGAAAUGAUUUCGGCUCCACGCCAAAUGAACAACGUCUGGGGGGCGGAAGGUUUGAUCCGCAAAUGAAACGCCGGAAUCCAUUCGCUGAGGAGGACGAUUAUUUCCGACCGAAGCAGGUCAUUGACUACUCCAACGGGGCCCCGAAGGUGAUCGACUAUGGACACAACAGCGGUGGUGGAGGGAACCAAAGCGAUAGUGACAGAUGGAAUGUCCAUGGCGAUCAGGACGAUAGAAGGAUGUUCAACGAUUUCGGUGCAAACCGUGGACGAGGAGGUGGCCCCGGCAGACGAGGUGGCGGACGUGGAGGACGUUUCCAAGACGAGGAUUUCCGACCGAACCGUUUCGAGUAUAACCACAACAGUGGUAGUGGUGGUUCUGGACGCGAUGAUAAUUUUAAUAGAGAAAGCAGAGACCAGUCAGGAAACUACUCGACCAAUUCAACCAGCCGGCUGGCGGAGAUGCACAACAAUCCGAAGCCUGAGGAAAGCAACCCAUGCUAUCCGAGUAAGUUUAUCCUGAUGAAUGAUAAUCGCCCGAAUUGUCCCAGCACGAAACGUGGCAAACGUGCUUCCUCAAUCCGGAAGCAGAAGCUGAAACAACAGCACCAACAGGAACAGGAUCAGUACCAGAGUUCUAAUGACGAUUCUUUCUCAGAAACCGGCAGCCAGCAACAAGUUCAAAAGGAAGAAGAGGGUCAUAUUGAAAAUACAGAAGCAGCAAAGCCGCCACUGCCAAACGACUACGAGUUGGAAAUUACCAGGGAACCGAUCGAUCCGAAGAAUCCUAACCUGGCAGGUGCGGGUCCGUACAAUCUGCCUCCGGUUCCAGUAGCACUUAUUGAAGAUCUGUUGCUUCCACCUGCACGUUUCCGACGACCCCAGCGGAUAUGUAUCAUCUUCCGCGGUCUUCCGGGCAGUGGCAAAUCCUAUCUGGCGCGUAUGAUCAAGGAAUGUGAAGUCAAAAAUGGCGGCUCAGCUCCUCGAGUGCUCAGCAUCGACGAUUACUUCCUGGUGGAAAAGGAAGUGCGCGAGCCAGACCCGGUGACGGGUCGACAAAUAACAGUCACCAAAUCCGAGUAUCAAUUCGAUCCGGAAAUGGAAGAAACUUACCUGAAAAAUAUGGUAAAAGCAUUUAAGCGGACGAUCACAGAGAAGUUGUUUAAUUUUAUUAUAGUUGAUUGUAUUAACGAACGAAUGGAACACUACAAUGAAUUCCAUAACUUUGCUCGAAGCAAUGGCUUUAAGGUCUACACGUGCACGGUUCAGGAGGAAAUUGACCAGUGUGCAAAGCAAAACAUUCACAACCGGACCGAGGAAGAGAUUCAGGUUUACGCCAACAAUUGGGCACUCAGUCCUGCCAGCCACGUGCAAUUGAAUGUUUGUCUGCUCCUGAACCCACCGGACGAAGAAGGACCGCCCGAGGCGGCUGACAUGGAUCUUUGCACGGAGGAAGAUGACGGUUCCCUGCAGCAGCAGCAGCAGUUUUUCGCCGGAGACGACGACCAUUUUCCGCCUGCUGGCAAUAAUCCCGUCGUCGGACAGGAAGACAACCUAACCGAGCAAGACAUAGAUGAAGAUUCGAAUGUCGAUGCCCCCGAGAUUGGAUUUUUCACCAGUAAAUGGGACACCGAUACGACCGAGCAGAACUUAGCCCGUUUGGAUGGGAUCAGCAAACCACCGCGCCGGCCACCGACGAUAGAAGACUAUCUGCAGAGCGAUGAUGACUACGGGGACGGGUACGGCAAUGAGCGGCCGUCCGGAGGCAAGAAGCGGGUUCGCUGGGCUGACAUCGAAGAGCGCAAGGCUCAGCGGAAGAUGCGCCAGAUGGGCUUCGUCGUCGGUCACACCGAUUGGUCCCGGAUGAUGGAUCCGACGCAGGGCGGUAGCGCCCUCACCCGAACCAAGUACAUCGAGCGGGUGCGCAGAAAUUACUAAGAAAGAACACGUGAGCGUGAGCAGAGCAGAAUAUUUUUAUCACCAGAGCCGGAAAAAACCGGAAGGUCAUACAUUCACAAAUUAAGAAAUCGGUUGCUAGUACCUUCCCAGGGGCGGUACCAAAACCUAGACAAGCAACAAUUUUUUACACUAAACAGGAAAGACUAACUCAUGGUAUCCCUUUGAUGUGGUAUUCUCGGAAAGUAAUCGCAUAAAUCAAGAAACCUCUCAAAUUUUGUCGUCACUGUCGUUUGCCACUUUGGAUAAACCAAAUUAUCUUUGGAUAGUUCAGCAAAUAAAAAAAAGAAGUAAAAAAAUACCACGUAAUAUAUAUAAAAAAAAGAAUAAUAGAAAAACCAGUUUUUAUUGUGCUUGAGUUUAUGAUUUCGGUUUUGCACAUGUUGGCCGAUAUGUGGAAGGGUGAUUGGUUGACAUUUAACUUAAUGAAUGCAAUGAACAAAUUAAUAAAACAAAAAUUCAUACUAUAGAGGACAAAUGGUUUUUCCCCGAAUGCGAUGUGAAACAGAUGAGUAGCGAAAGUGAAAUAAAACAUACUACACUACUAAAUUUA